GUUCGAAUUAGAGAUAUCGAAGCACAAGAGUCAAAGGGAAGAGAUUAAAAACCUAAAAGAAACCCAGCAAGAAAAGCAAACUCUAAUUUUAAACCUGCCAUAAGAAAAAAUAUGUAUCCCUAUAUUUCUGAAAACCAUGAUCUAAUGUGAAAAGAAGUGGUCUCUAAUUAACACCCCCUCCCCCACACAAGAGUCAAACAAGGUGUUCGGAUAUUCAGGUUUCACUGUAUAUUAUAAUCAGACAGCUAAGUAAAUAGAUUUUUGAGAAGUUGUUUUUCAGUGUUUGGCGUUUCUUGAGUUUUUUUAUUUACAGUAGUAGUACUUUGAAAAGCGAGUUCAAGUAAGUUGACAAAUUUGUAACUACAUUACAGUUGACAUGCAGAAAUAUCAGAUACAGCAUAUUUUAUAUGUAAUAUUCCUUGGAAUAUUAACAACUGUCACCGCAGAAAAAUGUGUCUUAAAUAUGACAAGUUUAGAUCUCCAAAGCAACUUUAAUUUCGAUGAGUUCAUGGGUAGAUGGUUCGAAGUGAAGGCGUGGUUUCACAUUGGUAUCGAUGAUGAUUGGUUGUUGGAUAACUUUUCAAUUCAAUACACUAAGCGAUCGUCUGGUGUUGCUGACGUAUUGGAAACAGGUACACCGAAAAAUAGUUCUGAUUGUGAAUCAUGGCCUGAAUCGGGGCUAAAGAUGCAAUUGGUUUCGAGUACCGGAAGCCAUCCGGCUAGACUUGCCAUAAGAACCACAAAUACAUCCAGUGGCGAAUCAGAGGACCGAGAGUUCUAUGUGGUAGAAACUGACUUCUACAACUAUGCCUUAAUCGUAACAUGUACGUGGGAGAACAUAUUAUACGCAAACGGGACGUGUCUCCCCGAUCCAAUCGUACAUGUCUUGAGUAGGACCAACAACUUGAGAUCUGUUGAUGAAACACGCGUAUAUGACAUCAUUAACAGGAAGAUAUGCCACGCCGGUCUUGAUGAAUUUAGAUCAAACUUUCAAGGCACACCAUGCAGUGUACCGGGUGAUCCGUCUUCAAGUCCGUGGUUAGGGCUAUCACCAUGGCUACACUCUUUAGUUGCGUUGAUUUCCAUUUUCAACUGUUGUCUGAUGUAGUGAGGUUAUUCAUAAAAAACAUCUUCUACAAUGAAACAUUCUGUUGUGUGUGAGACUUUGGAUAUAAUGUUUAAUUCGAAAAUAUAACCUAAACAGACGCUAAAAGUCAGUCGGACUUAAUUACAGAAUUGGAUAGUUUCUAAAUAGCUGAAUAACGCUGACAUAAUAGAUGUCGCCCUUGUUUGUCUCAAGUUG